AUGAGUGAAUCCGACUUGGAAUGUUUUAUUUGGAAUUCGGAGAAUGACGGGGAAGACGAUUCUGAUGAGGAUGUCUACUAUGAAUAUGAAGUGAAAAAGAGUCAAGAAAAGCAAGAAGAUUUUGAAAUAUUGCCAGGAUUUCAGAUUCAUUUGCCACAACAAAUAAUUUCAGAUAUUUGCGAUGGAUAUCCUCUGCAACCUACUGUGGUCGAAUCUGUAACUAGUCAAACAUUAAUCACCAAAAAGAAAAUUAAUGCUACACCAAAAAUGAUUCAAGGUGUUCUAAAAACUGAGCAUAGAAAGUUUAAAGAGGAUUUUAGUUAUAGACUUGAUGGAUAUGCUUUACGUAUUAGCAACAAUAUGAGUUUCAAAAAUUUAGAAAUGUUGAUUGAAAAUGGGCUGCCAGAAAUGGAAGCAGAGCUACUUGGUUUUUACAGAAAGAAAUUAGAAGAUGUUAAGACGCAAAUGGAGCUUAAGAAAUCUCGUGAAAGAGAUUCCAUAAAAGAAGACGCAGAAAUUUUCACUAAAUAUGUUUGUAAAAAAUUAAGACAAGAAUACACGUAUGGACCUCAUUAUCAUGAUGUAUUCAAUAAGAAUAAUAGCAUGGAUCAAGGUGGAGAAACACAGUCACAGUUGUCAAUUGAACAAGUUAGACAAUCAAUGUGUCAAUCAAUGUGUCAGACAGUAUUUGAAAUGUUCAUGGACGAAGAAUUGGAUUACCACAAACUCAUAAAAAAGUAUUUUUGGGGGCCAGAUCAAAGUUUGCGGUCGUUUUUUUUUGCGAUAGUAAAUAACAUAACUCGAAAUUAUGACUCCAAAGUCAAUCUCGCGGUGAACCAUGCGGAAACAUUAGUUAACACAACACCCGACAGAAAAUUUAUUAAUGAAAUCACUUCAAUAGAAUUCGAAUCCCUUUCCAAACAAAAACAUGAACUUAUUGAUAUUUUUCUGAAGGAAUAUAAAAGGUGGAAGAAAGAGAUCUUUCCUAAAAAUAUUCAGGAGAUUAUUCCUAGAUGCGAUGGAUCUUAUACGAGAGAAGUUACUAAAAAAUUUGAUUCAGAAUAUUUACGUUAUAAAAAAAUAAUUGAAGAGGAAGAAUUUAAUAGAAUCUGCAAAGAAAUAGAAAAUAAGUUCCCUAAAGGACCUAUUUUAAUGAUAUUAAAUUUAUACGGCAAAUCUUAUAUGCCCAGUCACAUUUCAAAUGAAUAUAAAAUAUCAUAUGAAAUUGAAACCUUCCAGUCCGAUCAACUCAAAAUUACAAUCUAUCAAACAUCAAUUGAUGAAAGAGAUAAUUUUCUACUUUCUGAAGAUGAAAUUUACAUCCCCACGUUAAAAUUCAAUUACAAAUGUAGCGGAAAUUCUUUCCAAAUAAAUCCAGAAACCCACGAAAUAUGGAAUAUUUCACAAUUUGAAAACAAAUUUUUUCUCGCACUAUGGAAUAAUAAAGAAAAUCGAUUGGAAAUAUAUUUUGACACUGCAUCCCGACUAUCAUCAUCUAUUCAAUCUAAACCAUUUAAAAUAUUAUAUGCAGGAAAAAAUAGUCUUAUUUCCGUAAAUGAGCCUAAGGGGUUAAUUGGAUUAUAUGAUAUCAGUUCUGGAGAUCUAAAUGUUUACGCAUUUGAUGAGAAGUUUGUUAUUCUUUUUCUACGGCAUACGAAUAUUCAGUUAGUUCGGUGGUAUAAUUGUAUGGUACCGGAAAUACAACAUUUUUUCUUUAUUAAAGAUACAGAGGAUAUAUGUUUCAUUGAGAAGAAUGGUCGCUCCAGAAUUUAUAUGAUGGUCUCAGAUCAAUUCCGACCUAGUUCUUUGCAAUUACCACCAAAAUUCUCCAAAGUUCUAAGUACGCCCGAUGGAGCAUGUAUUGUUGCUUUCACAAAAGAUACCAUGUUAGAACAGGAAAACGAAAACAACGAUGCUGAUAGUAACACCGAAAAAGCAGACGAUUAUAAUCCAAAAAAUCAAAUAGAAAUAAUUAAAGCACACGUAUUUUUUUGUGCAAAAUUUGGUAGCCCUGCUAUUAUAACUAUGCCAAAAAAUAUGCAAUCCGUUGAACAUUUUCAAUUCUCUUAUAUCAAGAAACAACAAAUGCAUCUUACUACCCUCGAUGUAGUUAAUGGACAGUUUUGUUCGUUGAUUACUAAAAUUACACUUGAAAAAUCAAUGGGAAAAGUAAGGAUUUUAGCAUCCGACCACCGAAACGACAACUAUUCUUUUUUAGAAGGAAGGGAUACUCAAUUCUCUAAGAACGUUUUUAUUGGAGAAAGUAUUGUCAUUCAAAAUGAAAAAAGAUGUGUUCUUGAAAUACAAUCAAACACGAGAUUGAAGAUUGCAGGAACCUUUUCAAAUAUUGAUGAUCUAGAUUCUUGGAUGGAUUUUCGAAUUGAACCCAAAACAAAUAUUAAUAGCUUUGUCAACGUGUAUCAAUACAUGUUUGAAAAAUACCCAAUUAAUAGCUGUAUAGAUACUGAACAAAAUAAGUCUUUGAGCUUGACUAUAACCCUGGAUUUGUCUAGUCGCAAUGUUGAAGAUUACGAAGAAAUAUUCAGAGAUUAUAUCGACAAGAUGUUCGAAGAAUUAAAACGUUCCACAAAAAAACCAGCAAGCAGCCUAAAAAAAUUCAAGAUCGACGUAAUGAACUUUUCGGAACUUAAUAUUGGUGACCCUGACUUUCAAGAAAACAAGACAUCAAGAUUUAAUGUUGGAGAAUGGAUUAUUCGGCUUUUUUGUCUAAUCCCAAUUCAAAUUGCGGCUUCUCGAAACAAUGCAAAACUAUGCGUCAUAAUCAAAGACGUUCCGGUACGAGACAAAAGCGAUAUUGUUCGAAAAUUUUAUUUAAAGCUUAGCUCCAUGAUCGCUCAGACAUGCGAUUGGGGUUCUUUGGAUGAUAAUUUGGUCGAAAUUCGCGUGUCUACAUUAAAGAGAUUGCUUCAAACGGCUAUAUCCAUUGGUGUAGAAGAAAAUAAUCCAACAAUUGUAAACUUGAUGAAUCAUGAUAUAGGAACAAAAAUAGAUGACCCUGUGAUCAAGUUAGCUGAAAUAUCGGAAGAUUUCGAUAAUUAUAGAGAAAUUUUUUCGGAUGAGGGCAUAUUACUUUUCGAAGAAAACAUCGAUUUUGUAUGUUUAUCUGCUGAUUUGAGAACAAAAGAACAUCAAUGUCACGAAACUUGUGAAGGGCCCGGAAUAUGCAGAAUUUUGACCGAGCCUCAAAAACGAGAAGAGAUAUGUCAAGGGAACUUAGACAAACUAGCGAUUUCAGCCAAGUAUAUUCAAUUAGGUGAAAGAUUAUUGUGUUGUAAAAAGAUUCCUCCAAAUAUGUUUAGGCAUGAAGGGACACAUUCUCAUUCCCUAGAUAACUAUAUUGUUCAUUUCUGUGAUGUCAAGUGUCAGUUUUGCGAAUAUUAUUGUACUCUACCUUAUGGACACGCGCAACCGUUUCACGAAACAUCACAUGGAUAUAUGCACCAAACAGAUUUUAUGAGUGAACAUGAUAUAAAAUACGCAAGUAGUUGUAAAUUGCAAAUAAGCGAUCAAUAUUUGCCUGUCUUGUGCAAUUUGUAUUGUAAAGAGAUAGGGCGUCAUCUACAUGUCGAUUAUUGUAAAGAUGAAGGAACGUGCAAAUUAAAUACAAAUAACCCUUAUAUUAAACACGUUGAAGAUCAAUUCGAUCCAAAUCCCCAGCAGGCAAAGGACUUUAUCUCACACCAUCUCUUCUGGGAGCGUAGCGGAUUUAAAGACCCUUAUUCAACUCAGGAUCAGCUUGAAUACGCAAAAUGUUAUCACGAGUGUCCCAAUGAGUCCCAUUGGCUAGGAAAUACUAAAUCUUCUAAAUCAUAUUGCGAACUUCCCCUUUUCCAUCAAAAUGCAAAUCCUUCACAACCACCACCCAACGGCAUUGGUUAUAUUUCACUUGAUGGCCAUUACUUUCAUUGUGAAAACUGCGAUAAUGAUAUGAUUUUUGAUGACAACACGGGGGAACUCUAG